AUGCCGCGCGCCCCCGCGCCCCUCCUGCUGCUGCUGCUGCUGCUCCUCAGCCUGGCCCAGCGCCGCUCCUGGGCCGCCGGGCCGCCGCCCACCGCCCGGACCCCCGGCCGCCCGUCGGACCCUUGCCUCAGCCAGCCCUGCAAGAACGACGGCGCCUGCUCCCCGCGCCGCGCGCCGCUGCUCGCCCUCCAGCCGGCCUACAGCUGCGUCUGCCCCCCGGGGGUCACCGGCGCCGACUGCCAGUUUGUUUCAGAUUCAUGCUCCAGCAGUCCUUGCCACCAUGGCAACUGCAGUAGUAACAGUGACGGCUAUCUGUGUGUGUGUGAUGAAGGCUAUGAAGGUACAAACUGUGAACAUUCACUUUAUAGUCCUCCAGUGUCUGGAUGGACAGAAUUGGUGGUGCCAGCACCGACCACCAUGGAACCCGAUACGGUCUUGCCAAGAUCACAGGCCACAGUGACAUUGCCUACGUGGGAGCCAAAGGAGGGGCAAAAAGUCGUGGACCUGAAAUGGAAUGAAGUAGAGAUAAUUCCUGAUGUGGCUUGUGGAAACGCCAGCUCCAAUAAUUCUGGUGGGGGCCGCCUUAUAUCUUUUGAAGUUCCAAAUAAUACUUCAAUAAAUAUAAGGCAAGAUGCUACAGCUUCCCUUAUUUUGUUAUGGAAAGUCACAACAGAAAGGUUUAAACAGUGUUCACUGAUAGAUGCCACAAGUGUUACUCUUCUCCAAGCAAUGGGUGGACUUGUACUGACAGAAGAAAUGCUUGAAUUAGGAAACAACUAUUUCAUUGGUUUUGUGAAUGAUUCUGUUGCCAAAUGCAUUGUGGCUUUACGCUUGACUGUGAUAGUGAAAGUCAGCACAUGCUUUCCUGCAGGAAGCCAGCCAGGUGACCUUCAGUGUUCAGGGAAAGGAAGGUGCAUCACGAAACCAUCUGAGGCAACUUUUUUCUGUGACUGUGAAGAUCAAUACUUGGGUGCUUUCUGUGAAGAAUUCGAUGCCUGUCAAAGUAGUCCCUGCCAGAACAAUGGAACAUGCAUGGAUGUCACAGAAAAACACGAUGGGAACAAUUUCACCUGUACUUGCCUCCCUGGCUAUACUGGAGAUCUGUGUCAGUCAGAUAUUGAUUACUGCCGUCAACAGCCAUGUAAAAAUGGAGGAUCCUGUUUUUCCAGCAUGAAUGGAUUCAGUUGCCAGUGUCCAGAAGGGUACUCAGGAUCAUCUUGUGAAGAGAAAGUUGAUCCUUGUGCAUCAUCUCCUUGCCAAAACAAUGGAACCUGUUACGCAGACCGGGCUUCAUAUUCUUGCAGUUGUAGUCCAGGAUUUACUGGACCUACCUGUGCCCAGCUGAUUGAUUUCUGUGCUCUGAAUCCUUGUGCACAUGGCAUUUGUCGUAGUGUUGGAACAAGUUACAAAUGCCUCUGUAUCCCAGGUUACCAUGGCUUGUAUUGUGAGGAGGAAUAUAAUGAAUGCCUUUCAGCCCCUUGUCAAAAUGGUGCCACCUGCAGAGACCUUGUCAAUAGCUAUGAAUGUGUGUGUCUUGCUGAAUAUGAAGGCAGGCAUUGUGAAUUGUAUAAAGAUCCCUGUGUUAACAUCAGCUGUCAGAAUGGUGGUACUUGUGACAGUGAAGGGCUAAAUGCUACAUGUAUCUGUGUCCCUGGAUUUACAGGUGAAGAAUGUGAUGUCAAUAUAAAUGACUGUGAGAGUAACCCCUGUCAUCAUGGUGGAAUAUGCAUAGACCAGCCCAAUGGGUAUACUUGCCACUGUCCACGUGGUUGGGUUGGAGCAAAUUGUGAAAUACAUCUACAGUGGAAGUCUGGGCACAUGGCAGAGAGCUUAACAAACAUGCCUCGACAUUCGUUGUACAUCAUAAUUGGAGCCUUGUGUGUAGCAUUUGUCCUCAUGUUGAUCAUCCUAAUUGUGGGGAUCUGUCGCAUCAGUCGUAUUGAAUAUCAAGGUUCUUCUCGGCCAGCAUAUGAGGAAUUCUACAACUGCCGAAGCAUUGACAGUGAAUUCAGUAGUGCCAUCGCCUCCAUCCGACAUGCCAGGUUUGGAAAGAAAUCUCGACCUGCAAUGUAUGAUGCCACCCCAAUUACUUAUGAAGAUUACAGCCCCGAUGACAAACCUUUGGUCACUCUGAUUAAAACAAAAGAUUUGUAACUACUUCAGGUGUUUGGGGUUGUUGGGGAUUAUUUUUCAAAAGGAAUGGGCUACCGAAUUAAUUCAAAUAUUUUUAAGAUGAAGAAAGUGUAAGAAAUUAAAUUGUCAGCUGCUCCAGAAUUUUCUGUAGAUUAUUUAAGAACAAGUCUUCUGCAGCUUUUAGUUUGGGGAAAAUAUUUUAAAAAAACCAAAUUUGUGAAGUUCAUGGUUUACCUUUUAAUGUACUUUCUGCUUUAGAAACUCUAAUCUUACAAUAGUGUGUACUUUUACCAAACUCGGACAAACUUCUGUGGUUGUUACAAACAGAAUGCAAAGUGUUAAGCAAUGAAAAGUUUCUCUUUGACAUAACAGUGCCAGCAUUCUCGGUAGAUUUAGGAAAGAUGUAAAACUUUAUAUAUCCAUUACAGAAAAAAGAAGUCUGAAAUGUUUGUGUUUGUGAAAAGGAAUCUAGUCGAAUUUAUUAUUCCUAAACUGAAUGAAUUAGCUUUCUCCCUAUUUUGUGCAUGGAUAACUAACCUACUUCUCUGUUAUGUUCCUGCUGAAACAUACUCUUGAGUUGAUGUUUGACAUUUUUGUAAAAGUAUUCAAGGUAAGCUUUGUAAAUUAAUUCAUAAUUGAAGUGCCUAUUCAGGCAAACAAGGGGGAUGGAUCCUGCCGACUUUGAAGUAAGUGGAUGACAUAAUUUCCAUUGAUUUCAUGGUCUUUAGGAUCAGGCCUUAAUAUUGGGUAUAUUUCUUUUAAAAGUCAAGGUUGUUUUUUUUUAAGUGUGAGUAAACAAAAAUUAUAAUUUGAACUGUUUGUCUCUCAAAUGUUAAUGUACAGUAUUAUUUUGCUUCAAUAUUGUGUAUCUGCCAUAGUGCAUCUUAUUUAUGUGUGUAUGUCCAUCCCCCCCUCGGUGACUGCUUAUGUACUUCUAAAUUCUUGCUUAUUUCAAAGAAUAGUGAAUAAAUGUGAUCAGUUCAA